AGCUGGUACACAUGCCAUAUUGAGGCAAAGGGCGAGGCGAUUAAUAUGGAAGAUUGGGUCAUCUCUUUCACACUUACUGCAGACUACUAUAUAAACACUGUUCCUCUCCCCUUCACUUUCACAAACACUUCGGCAGGUUUCUUGGCUUCUUUUAUCACUGUUUUUGCUAUUGUUUUCUUCACUGUUUCUCUCUCACUUAAACUCUCAAAUCUCAUGGAAAUGGCUCUCAAGUUGUAUGGAGCUGCCAUGUCCACGUGCACUUCGCGUGUCCUGACCUGUUUGCAUGAGAAGGAAGCAGAUUUUGAGUUUAUCUCUGUCAAUCUUUUCGCAGGUGAACACAAGGAGCCUCCAUUCCUCGCGAAAAACCCCUUCGGUCAGAUUCCGGUGCUAGAAGACGGUGAUCUCACUCUUUUCGAGUCUAGAGCAAUCUCAGCGUAUGUGGCUGAAAAGUUCAAGGAAAGUGGCUAUGAUCUGAUCAGGUACCAAAACGUGAAAGAGGGUGCACAGGUCAAAGUGUGGAUGGAGGUGGAAUCCCAGCAAUACCACCCUGCGAUUUCUCCAAUUGUCUUCCAGUUCUUCGUGGCACCUCUCCAGGGCAAAUCCCCUGAACAAGCAAUCAUUGAUGAAAACUUGGAGAAACUUGGCAAAGUGCUUGAUAUAUACGAGGAUAAGCUGAGCCGCGCCAAGUACCUUGCUGGAGAUUUUUACAGCUUGGCCGAUUUGUUCCACCUCUCUUACACUUACUAUUUCAUGAAGACUCCUUGGGCAAAUCAGAUAAAUGACCGUCCACAUGUUAAGGCUUGGUGGGAGGAUAUCUCUUCAAGGCCUGCUUUUCUCAAAGUGGCUUCAGCUAUGAAUUUCGGCGAGAAACAAAACUGAUCAAAGUAUUACUGUUUUUAAGAACUUAAAGAACUUUUGCCAUCGUUUGGGUUUUGGUUUUUCACUUUUAUCGUUAUGGAAUUAAUAAUUUGAAAGAGUAA